CCGCGCGCCCCGCCCCGAGCGGCCGGCGCGGGCGGGCGGGCGGGCGUGUGGCCCCCGGGCCGCCGCCGCCGCCGCCGCCGCUGCCAUGCAUCCCGCGGGCGCCCCUGCCGGCCCGGCCCCGCGCCCCGCCCCCGCCGCGGCCGCCGGGAAGAUGGCCUUCCGCAAGGCCUACUCCAUCAAGGACAAGCUGCAGGCCAUCGAGCGCGUCAAGGGCGGCGAGCGGCAGGCCAGCGUGUGCCGCGACUUCGGCGUGCCCGGCGGCACGCUGCGCGGCUGGCUCAAGGACGAGCCGAAGCUGCGCUGGUUCCUGCAGCAGCUGGGCGGCGAGGUGGGCCGGCAGCGCAAGAAGAUGCGGCUGGCCAACGAGGAGGAGAUCGACCGCGCCGUGUACGCGUGGUUCCUGGCGCUGCGCGGCCGCGGCGUGCCGCUGUCGGGGCCCGCCAUCCAGGCGCAGGCCGAGGCCUUCGCGCGCCAGAUCCACGGCCCCGCGAGCACCUUCAAGGCCAGCCACGGCUGGUUCUGGCGCUGGCAGAAGCGCCACGGCAUCUCCAGCCAGCGCCUGUACGGCGCGCGCACGCCCGCGCCCGCGCCCGCGCCCGCGCCGCCGGCCCCCGCCGAGGGCGGCUACGGCGACGAGCAGAUCUACAACGCCGACGUCACCGGCCUCUACUGGCGGCUGCUCCCCGAGCGGGACGCGGGCCCGGGGGGCGACCGGGUCACCGUGCUGCUGGCCGCCAACCUCACGGGCAGCCACAAGCUGAAGCCGCUGGUCAUCGGGCAGCUGCCCGACCCGCCCAGCCUGCGCCACCUCAACCGGGACCAGUUCCCGGCCUCCUACCGCUACAGCCCGGACGCGUGGCUCAGCCGCCCGCUGCUGCGGGGCUGGUUCUUCGAGGAGUUCGUCCCGGGCGUCCGGCGCUACCUGCGCCGCAGCUGCCUGCAGCAGAGGGCCGUGCUGCUGGUGGCUCACCCGCCCCGGGCGCCCGCCCCGGAGGAGGGCGAGGACCCGCCCAGGCGCUGCCGGCCCGAGCCGCUGCAGACCCCCGACGGCGCGGUGCGGGUGCUGUUCCUGUCGCGCGGCCGCGGGCGCGCGCGCAUCCCCGCGCCUCUGGAGCAGGGCGUGGUGGCCGCCUUCAAGCAGCUGUACCAGCGCGAGCUGCUGCGGCUGGCCGUGUCCUGCGCGGGCGGCUCCCCGCUGGACUUCGCGCGCAGCUUCAUGCUCAAGGACAUGCUCCACCUGGCCGGCCUCUCGUGGGACCUGGUGCAGGCGGGCAGCAUCGAACGCUGCUGGCUGCUGGGCCUGCGCGCCGCCUUCGAGCCGGGCCAGCAGCCCGCGCGCCUCGCCGAGGAGGCGGCCGAGCGCAGCCGGGCGCUCAGCGACCUCACGCACCUGGCCGCGCUGGCCCACAAGCGCCUGGCGCCCGAGGAGGUGGCCCAGUGGCUGCACCUGGACGACGACGGAGGCCUGCCGGACGCCUGCAGGGAGGAGCUGGGCCCCGCGGCCCCUGCGACCCCGGCCGGCCUGGCCUCCGACAUGGGGGGCAGGGAGGAGGAGGAGGCGGCGGGCGACCCAGCAGGAGGAGGAGCCUCGGUGCCCACCGCUGGGGAGGCCGUCCGGGGCCUGGAGACAGCUCUGCGGUGGCUGGAGAGCCAGGACCCCAGGGAGGUGGGGCCGCUGCGGCUGGUGCAGCUGCGCUCGCUCAUUGGGGUGGCGCGGAGGCUGGGGGGCCUGGGGCCGUCGGGGGCGCCUGAUGAUGGUGUGUGACCACACGGAGCAGGUGCCGUUGGUCCUGCUCCUGCCUCCACGCCUCUCCUCCGCCCGAGGCUAGCCCGCCCCAGGGGCUCUGCAGCUUCCAGGGACCCCAGCCUGCCUCGCUUGAAGGGGCUUGGCUGGUGAAGGGUGCACUGGUCUUGGAGCAGCUGGAAGAGAGGUCUGGGUCCAGGCGCCUCGCAGGGCGGGGGUGUGCUCUGGAGGGCAGCUGGCUGUGGCCCCUGUGGGGCCGAGGCCUCCGGGCUGGACCUGUGCAUGGCUGCUCUCCCUCCCGCCAGCCACCAGACACUGGACAAGGGCCCAGAGCUGCAGGUGCGGGUCAUCUUUGGGGGGCAGAGCCCUGGUUUUGUUACCGUUUUUAUACGUCCAGCCCGUUCUUGGGGGCCCCUGUGGCCCAGCCUGGGAGGACGGCGCCCCGUGGUACAGCAUAGUGAGGAGGGUGGGGCUCCCGUGGUGCAGCGCAGUGAGGGGGCGGGGCUCCCUGGUGCAGCGCAGUGAGGAAGGGUUCCUUUUCACUUGGAUGCCCAGUUCUCCCUGAGCAAAUUCUGUCCUGAACAGAUGUCUCAUUCCCCGGGCUGCAGGGCCUCUGCACCGGGCCCGUGACCUGCCCAGUGGCAAGACGGGCUCCUUGCCUGCGCGCCAGCCACAGCCCAGCCGACCACCAGAACAAUCUGCAGUGCCUUAGUGCUGGCUGCAUAGGCCCCUCCCCUGAGACCCCCACCUGCCCUGGAGCUGCCAAACGGGUGCUGGGGGGCGUGUCAGAACCUUGCAGGGGGUCAGGGACUGUCUUGCCAAGUUGUGGUCAGAGCCCCCAGGAGGGGCCUGCUUCAGCCACUCUGUCUGCCCCCCAUGGGUCCCAGCCUGCAGACCUGGGGAUGGGGGUGCAGCCACAGGGGGCAUUGGUGGGGGGGGAGGGGCCGUGUGCUGGCCUGGCAGGGGUAGCUGGGGGCAUACCCCCACAGCAGUCUCCACACAUGUCCCAGAAUAAACAGGUCCUUGAACUGC